CAACUGGACCUGCUUGCAAGAGAUUUGCCAAACCCUAAACCCUUUCAAGUUCAAAUAUUCCGUACGUACACCGGGGUAAAACUCAUCGUCCGCUAAUCAAUCAAUCAAAUUCAGGAGCCGGAGCUAAUGGCAAUGGCCUCCCCGACUCGAGUUCCCGUCCAAGACGACGGCGACUCCCCAGUAAUGCGGCUGCCGGAAGAACUAAUCACCAAUAUCCUCACAAGAUUGCCCGUCAAAUCCCUCCUCCGCUUAACCCGAGUUUCCAAAGCUUGGCGUUCCCUGAUCCGCAGCCCUGCUUUCGCGAGGGCCCACAUCCUUCUCACCGCCGGCGACGUCCGCCGCCUCUUCCUCGUCGCUUCGGACAGGGACGAAGGCACACACUCCUCGGUUCAUUCCCUGGCCCGUGACGACGAUUCCUCCCUCAUCUCUCUCCACCCCCUCGACUCCCCGCCCCCCUUUCCCUGUGGAUCUCCCACGAUCGUCGGCGCCUGUGACGGGAUCCUCUGUCUCACUCCCGGCGGAUGCAACCUCUUCCUGUGGAAUCCGGCCACGGGAACAUCCUGGGAGCUCCCCGCCCCGUUCGGAUCUGAUUGCUGCGUCCGAUUCGGAUUUGGGUACCACGAGAAAUCCCAGGACUACAAGGUCGUGAAGAUCUCAAGCUUUGAGUCUUCCGACGGAUCCGGGUACGGAAACAAUGUUCAGAUUUACAGUCUAAAGGCCAAUUCCUGGACUUCGAUUUACAAUUACAACACCGGGUAUACAACAGAAAAGUGGAUCCUCUCUUGGGGAUUCGAAGGCGGGUACAUCCACAACCACGGCGGCGUCUUCCUCAAGGGGGCUCUUCACUGGGAUGUUUGCCACCGCAAUUCUCCUCCCGAAAUUCUCGCCGUGGACCUGGACAAGGCGGACAAGUAUAGGACGAUACCAUUCCCGACCUGCAAUAAUGAAAAGGAGGAACCGGGUAUGAGACUGGAGGUUCUGUGGGGGCAUUUGGCUCUCUGUUUGUUCUCGCCCUCGGAGAAGACGGUGGAGGUGUGGGUGAUGAAGGAGUACGCGGAUGCCGGCUCGUGGAUCAGAAUGGUCUAUGCGCAGUCUCCGGCCGAUCUCGAGGUCGAGGGCGAUGUCUCUGUUCUGUAUGCGUCCCAAGAUUGGAACGAGUUCUUGUUCAAUCUUGGAGACCAGCUGGUUUGUCACAACGUUAAUGGCGGUUCUCUCAAGAAACUGGAGGAGUAUGACUGGACUUCUGCUCUUCGUCUUCAAUCUGCAACUUACUCUGAGACCACGGCGUUGCUCCAUUUACAUACCCCACAAAUCUAGUGCAAUACAGUACGUUUUGUUACGUGAAUAUGAUUAUUUUGGACAAAGGGAUUUACUCAAUAAACAUAGUAACUUCCCCAAUGUAGAAUGUUUUUCUUUCUGUAGUGGUCAUUAUUCAAACAAAUGUUAACUGUGUCACUGGAUAUUGUUCAAACUAAAUGUCUAUCAUUACUAGACAUUUUUCUCGUCACUAGACAUUAUUGAAGUAUUACUUUGGAAGUAAAUAAGUUUAAAUAUU